AUGAAGGAAGAUAUAUACCUUGUGCUCCCAGUUCACAACCGCAUUGUUGGACGGGGAAAUCCCGAGAUCGUUAAGCAUUGUCUGCCCGACAUAUUUGACGAAGCUGUCGGCAAAGUCGGUGGUCAGGUUUGCAUCGAUCGUCCAGCCGUCGCUCUCAAGUUGGGUUCUGGUCAGCGCUGUCGCGACAACGCUGCGACCGAACUUGGCCUGGGCUAUGGUGUUGGUCCACCCGGUUGCGCACUUAAGGGUAUUGCCCUUAGUCUUGCAGCUGUCGUAGGAGUAGUCUGA